CCACUGUCACACUCUACACUCAAGUGUGACUUUGUCAAAACGUGUUUUUGUUUACAUCGCGUUACAAUCCUAUCGAAAUGGCCAAAUUAAGUUGGUCAGAGUUGUCGAAACCGCUCAACCAACAUCUGUUGGAGGUGAUCAACGGUUUCGGUUUCGAUAAAAUGACUCCAGUCCAAUCGGCAGCAAUCCCACUGUUAAUGUCAUGCAAAGAUGUGGCCGCUGAAGCUGUCACAGGUUCUGGCAAAACACUUGCGUUCAUUGUACCGACUCUGGAACUGCUGCUGCGACGUCAUCGCGAACAUCCGUGGAAACAAUUUGAGAUCGGUUCGAUUAUCAUUUCGCCGACACGGGAACUCGCUGCCCAGACCAGUCAGGUACUCGACCAGUUUUUGGCACAUCCGGAAAUCCCAUUCCAACAGAAACUGCUGGUGGGCGGCAAUAAUGUGGAGGAAGAUGUCCAGUAUUUGAAGAAAGUUGGAGCGAACAUUUUGAUUGCAACGCCGGGACGUUUGGUGGACUUAUUAGAGCGAAAGAAUGACCUCAAUUUGGCCGGUAAUGUGAAGAGUUUGGAAAUUCUCGUACUCGAUGAGGCUGACCGACUGCUCGAUUUAGGAUUCACGUCCGCCAUCAACACAAUUCUGAGCUACAUGCCUCGGCAACGUCGUACCGGAUUAUUUUCGGCCACACAAACGAAGGAAGUGCAGGAUUUAAUGCGAGCUGGUCUCCGGAAUCCCGUGAUGGUCAGUGUCCGUGAAAAGGCAGCCACAAGCACUCCACUGCUGUUGCAAAAUUAUUACAUGAUCGUUGAGCCGGAGAACAAAUUCGCCAAACUGUUGGAUUUCAUCGACCAAAACAACAUCCAAAAGGCAAUGCUGUUCCUUCCCACCUGUGCUUGCGUUGAAUACUGGGCCGACGUGAUACCGAAGUUCAUAAAAGAUCGCAAAAUCCUGUCACUGCACGGUAAGAUGAAAAAUCGUCGGGCAAAAAUUCUGGAAAAAUUCCGUCAAACUCCCAAAGUCCUUCUGCUGUGCACUGACGUUCUUGCCCGUGGCGUGGAUAUACCCGAAAUGGAUUGGGUACUGCAAUGGGAACCGCCAUCGAAUGCGGCCGCAUUCGUUCAUCGAGUCGGUCGAACGGCACGACAGGGUCACGACGGUAAUGCACUGAUUUUGAUACUGCCGACCGAGGACGCGUAUGUGGAGUUUUUACAGCGAAACCAGAAGGUUUCCCUCAAAUCGGUUACCAGCGAAGCGACCAGGAGCUACGAGGAUGUCAACAAAAUACUGCACCAAAUCCAGAUCGACGAUCGAACGAUUUAUGACAAAGGAAACCGAGCGUUUGUGUCGCACAUCCGAGCUUACAGUAAGCAUGAGUGUAACUACAUUCUCAGAGUGGCUGAUUUGAAUCUGGGACGAAUAGCCACUGGAUACGGGCUGCUCAGAAUGCCAUUGAUGCCGGAACUGAAGAAUGUUGAUUCGAGUGAUUUUGUUGGACCUGCAGAUGCUAUCGACUUUUUGACCAUCGGUUAUAAGAACAAAGAGAAGGAAGCGUCACGGAAGCGAAAAUUAGAAAUUUACCAGGAAACGGGACAGUGGCCCGGUUCAACCAAGAAAUUCCAAAGGAAGACCGAAGCUUGGUCGCUGAGCAAGCAGAAAAAAGUCGAAACAAAGACGAAGAAAGAGGAGAGAAAGGGGAAGAAGCAACUGAAAAAUGCAGCGCCCAGUGAGCCGAAGAAAAAGAAACGAAAGGGCGGCUACACGAACGAAGACAUUGAGGAACUGGCGAACGAUAUUGCGAUGUUCAAAAAACUGAAACGAAAGAAAAUUAGCGACGAAGAGUUCAAUAAGCAAAUGGGAAUCGAGGAUAGCGAUUAAGAAUUGAUAAAUUGAGGUGAGGAAUAAAAAUAUUUUCUGUUUUCGAA